AUGAUCAAGGGCAAGCCCGCCCAGCAACUAUCUUCAAUUCUGCCACCUCUCGUCUUUGGUUGUGCCGUCUUCAACUCACAAUACAACGACGUGAACAAGCUAGACACAGUUGGCUUGGUUCAAGAGGCACUCGAAUUUGGUAUCAGAGCUUUUGAUACCAGCCCUUACUAUGGACCUAGUGAAGAGCUUAUAGGAGCCGCCCUCGAUACAGAGUUUGUACGCGCACACGUGCCCCGUUCCGACCUCUUCUACAUCACCAAGUGCGGCCGUAUUGCUGGAGAUGAGUUCGAUUAUUCCNCCGAGUGGGUUCGUCAGAGUGUCGCUCGCAGUCUGCAGAGACUUCGCACCGACUACCUCGACAUUGUUUACUGUCACGACGUGGAAUUCGUCAGUGAGGAUGAAGUCAUGGGAGCUAUANAAGAGUUGCGACGCAUUCGCGACGAGGAAGGCACACUGCGCUAUGUUGGUAUCUCUGGAUACCCCGUUCCUCUGCUUUGCUCGCUCGCUGAGCGCGUUCUUCGCGAGACUGGCGAGCCUCUCGAUGCUGUCAUGUCCUACGCAAAUUACACACUGCAAAACACUACACUCGCAACAAAUGGCAUUGCACGUCUGCGUGCCGCUGGCGUUGACGUCGUACCAAACGCAUCACCACUUGGCAUGGGUCUUUUGCGUCGCGCAGGUCCUCCUGUGGCCGGCCAAGGCGAUUGGCAUCCUGCUGGUCCCGGCGUUAGAGCAGCCAUCCGUCGUGCGAGCGACUUCUGCGACCGCCACGGAGAGCGCCUCGAGGUCAUUGCUAUUCGCUUCGCUCUCGAAUCAUGGUUGACUGCAGGUGCAAGCGUUGGCUCUCGAGGUGAUCCUGCCUCUGGUGUUCCAUGGACUCGCGAGUCAAACGAGCAGGUUGGAGGCCAGAAGCUCGGUGUCAGCGUUAUGGGUGUCAGUAACGCUAGCGAGCUGGAGAAGACAAUGUCAGUCUGGCGUAGUAUUCUCGAUGGUCUUGAGGGUGGUGAAGAGACUGUCAAGCUCGCUGGUCGCUGGAAGAGAGAUCACGAGUGGAGUCUGAACCGCAAGCAUGGUGUCCAGAUCAUGGCCGAUGGUAUCCAGGAGCAUUUGGCAGAAUAUCUGGAUUUCGCUUGGGACAGCCCUGGCAAGGACUAUGUCAACAAGAGAGCGGUCAAAAAUCUGUCAGCGCCUCAAGCUGAGGAUGCCCCUUGGUUGACUCCUGCGCAGAGUCCGCAGGCCGAGCAAGACCUUCCUGAGGAGAUCAGCAUUGCACUCAGAUGA